GGCACAAAAGCGAGGAGGAGGAGGAAGAAGAAGAGGAGGAGGAGGAGGAGGUCUGGCUCGCGCGCCUCUGUGUGCGGUGCAGCCUAGCAGCUCCCGCCCCCACCGCCGCGGCCGCCGCCGCCUUUCUGUCUCCUCUCUCCCUCCGUACUAGACUCCGGUGCAUUUCCGGCCCGGGGGAAUUCGGCGGUCGAGCGGGUCGGGGCGAGCGGGUGGCUGCGGCCGGCCCGCGGAGUGGGCGUGGGCCGAGGUUUCCGAGCGCCCAAGGCCGAGCCGCAGCCAUGGCCGACGUGAGCGUCGAUCAGUCCAAGCUGCCGGGCGUGAAGGAAGUGUGUCGAGAUUUUGCUGUCUUGGAGGACCACACCCUGGCUCAUAACCUGCAGGAACAAGAGAUUGAGUAUCACUUGGCAUCAAAUAUUCAGCGGAACCGUCUGGUCCAGCAUGAUCUGCAGGUGGCUAAGCAGCUCCAAGAAGAAGACCUCAAAGCUCAAGCUCAGCUCCAGAAGCACCACAAAGACCUUGAACAAUACGAUUGUGAAAUUGCUCAGGAAAUUCAAGAGAAGCUGACGAUUGAGGCUGAGAGACGACGUAUUCAGGAAAAGAAGGAUGAGGACAUAGCACGUCUUUUGCAAGAAAAGGAGCUAAAAGAAGAGAAAAAGAGGAAGAAACACAUUACAGACUCUGCUGGGGGCAGUGCUUUUGGAGAUAGCUACUAUUAUGAAGAUGGAGACCAGCCAAGGUCAAGGAGGGCCAGGGAAUUGGGUUCUGGACACUCACGGUUUUGUAGUCUCCAAAAUGAUGGGAAGAUGAUAAAGCAAAAGAAGCAAAAACCGAGGCAUCUGCGAGAGAACAUGGAAGAGCUGGAAGAACACUGUGCUUCAGACAGAGCCCUGCCUUCUAGCUGGGUCAGACGGAGGGAGGAUGCACAGAUCUCCAGUGAGCAGCAUGAAAGAAAACAGAUUGGUCAAGAAAGGCUCUGGAAAUCUCCACUCCCAAAGAUCAGCGGGGAGGUAUUUCUGAGCACUGAAUCUUUUGGCCACUGGGAAGCUAACAUUAGCCCUCGAACUAGGAGUUGGGAAAAACAGUCCGGACACCAUGGCAGACAUUCACCCAAGUCUUCACAGAAAAGAGGGCUUCCCUGUAAGGAAAUUGUGUAUGGGAGGGACCUUGGGCAAGGUGAUCACAGAGAAAGGAGACAUAGGCCCAAGAUUCCUCCCUUCUCAGAGGAUGAAGAACUUGACUACCACCAUGAUGCAGGAAUGAAACCAAGAGGAAUAAAAGAAACUGUUUCUACUUCAGCACGAGUGAGCCACAGGGAUCAGGAAUGGUAUGAUGCUGAAAUUGCCCGAAAAUUGCAAGAGGAAGAACUUUUGGCUACCCAAGUGGACAUGAGAGCAGCUCAGGUUGCCCAGGAUGAGGAAAUUGCUCGACUUCUGAUGGCUGAAGAAAAAAAAGCUUACAAGAAAGCCAGGGAGCGGGAAAAGUCAUCUUUGGACAAAAGGAAACAUGACCCUGAAUGCAAGUCAAAAGCAAGGUCAGCACAUUCAAAGUCAAAAGACAGUGAUGAGACACAGCGUUCCAAGAUUGACAGGCCAUCACGGCCACCACCACCGACAGUGAUGGACCCUGAGGAUCUGGAUCCCAUACACUUUACAAACCAGCAUAGUGCCACACGCCAUUUCUCAAAGCCAGAGUCCUCACACAAAGGUUUCCAUAAUAAGCAGUAAAACAAAAACAAACAAGAAGAAGAAUCUGCCUUGAAAAUGGACUUGUUGGAGCACAUAUUACUGAAUGAUAAAAAAUGCAUUCCACGUUGGCUGUUCUCCUUCAGUGUGCCAUUCCUGGGAGUUAUUUUCAAGUGUUUUCUUAACUAUAAAAAACUUCACUUCA